GUUUAAGCUUUCGAUUGGAUGAAACCGUCAAUAGCUAAUUCCUGCCAGGGGCAGAGUUGAAUAAAUCGCAGUAGUGUAGGUAUUGUACGGCAGACACAGUGUUCUUCAGAACUACGCGUGUCGCUGACGAUUCGUCCAUUUUGUGUUACGAUUUGUUAUGCUACGUAUUAGUCGGUGUUUGAUUAUUCUCGUGUGAUCAAUUUACUAACUAUGGUUAUUUCUUGUGCUGCAUAUAACUGUACAAGCCGGCAGGAGAAGGGGUCAGGGAUUUCUUUCCACGGUUUUCCUCGAGAUCCGGAAUUGCGAAAGAGGUGGAUCAUUGCUACUAAGCGGAAAGACUUCGUUCCCUCCAAAUACACAAGGCUGUGUAGCAAACAUUUUGAGGAGAGUGCUUUCCAAUUAAGACCCAAUGCUUCAUAUCCUCUAUUGAAUCGAGAUGCUGUUCCAUCUGUAUUUGAUUUUCCCGAACAUGUGGGUGCCUCUCCGAAGAAGAAAAAGAGAAAAAAUAUAAUACGAUACGAGAUUACAGAGAAAGAAUCAUGUGUCGCAAUGGAAAGUCAACUUCCUGAACCGCCCUGCCCAAAAGAAAUCUGUGAUACGAGCGAAAAAUCGAGAAACCGAAAUUGCAAGUCUUCUCCAAGGAAAAUUCUGCUGAAGCGUAAAAUUAAAAUUCUACAGCAAAGGCUAAAGAGGCAUGAUAGAAAAAUGAAGUCAAUGAAAGAUUUAAUUAUUGUUUUAAACCAUAAACUUAGAGCUCCUCACACAUUAAUUAAACUUUUUGAAAACAUUUUUUCUGGUUUUCCAUUGUAUAUGUUCUUAAAUUCUUUUAACAUUCGUGGUAAAAAUAAAUACAAGCAUGAAUUUACUGAACAAACAACAAGAGUUUUCUUUUACCAUGUAUCUACUCACCAAAAGCUUAUGGUGUUUUCUGAAGAUCAGGUUUCUGAGGCUAUUCUUCCUGAUAAUCUGCUCUACCACCAGCAUAUGAAUGGAAAAGUGGAAAGGCAUGAAGAAAAGCUGGAAAUUAAAGAAGAGGUUUUGUCCGAAGAAGAGGGAUUGCAGGAGGAGGAGGAAUUGUUGGAGGAGAGUGCUUGUCUAUCAAGAGUUGAGCCCAAUAGGUUUCCCGUGAUUAUUAACGUGCACUCGCUGGGUAACCAAGUGCCCAAUCCAUCACCUCGGAGAUCUUCAAGACAGCUCUCUACUGCCCAACAAGUAGUUAAGACGAAAACGGAGCCAAUACAUAAACCUGCAUCUGGAAUGAAAAGAAUAAAUCCAUCAUCGAGCUCUGAGAAACCAACAACGUCAGGAGUAAAUAAGGAUUCUGCAAAGAAGUUAAGACGUGAGAAUGGUGUUAACGAAAGGAAGACUGCUGACAAGAGCUCAGAACUUGCAGCUAUUCAUGAACUUCUUGCGACACUCCAGAGACCAGUUGAUGAAGACCAGGUUUAUGGUGAGCAUGUUGCGUGUGAACUACGGGGUAUUCAAGAUCCUGUGAUUAAACGAUGGUGCAAAUGUGCUAUAAGCGAAGCUCUUUUAAAAGCUCAUAAGGACGAUUACUUGAAACAGCAAUGGUUGAAUGCUGCUAUAAAUAAUUCAGUAUAUGGUGAGCACGUUGCAUGUGAACUACGAGCUCUUCAAGAUCCUGUGAUUAAACGAUGGUGCAAAUGUGCUAUUAGUGAAGCACUUUUAAAAGCUCAUAAGGAAGAUAUCGUAAAUCUGCAAGGAAUAGAAGAGAAUACAUAAGAUUGGACAUAUAUUUUGUAUAUAAUGAUAUUACAUGUAAAAUAUAUUUUUAUUGUGCAAGUUGUAUACUGUGGAGUGCUAGAACAUGAUGCAUGAAAAACAUUUUUUGGAGAAAGUGUCAUUAUCCAUAAAUAAAUGUUGAAACUUCUAUCAUUGUGUAAAUUGAUACCACUUCAAGUUCUACCAUGUUCUACCAGGAGGGCAUACGUUCCCUGGGUGAGCAUCUAUUGCCUAUUGACUUUAUCUGAACUUCCCACCACCACACAAGAACUACUAAAAGCUGGUAUCAGGAUCCCGCCGGAAUGCAGUUUUCCCUCACAGCAACCUCCUCAUUCAAUGCCUGGGUGGGGCCAUCCUACCAGCUCAGAUCUACUAGCUAUCGAGGCUAGUACCAGAGUCCAAGCAUUGUAAAUCGCAUGCAUCAUGAACCAGUCCCUCCUCUAUGUCCGGAGUAUCGAGCCUCUGCUAUGACAAAGUCUGACGCAACAGAGGACCACCCGAACUAAGGUCCGGAUGGCUUAAGGUGCCUUUCCUGUCUCCUCACUGCCUACACCGCUUGGCUAUUGACGUAUCGCCAGGACCUAGGCUACCAGGAGGAGGAUCCAGUGACCACCAAGCUCAUGUGUCAAGUCAAUAGCAUCUACUCUUACUUACACAUACUUUUGUGUAGAUGGGGUUGAUCAAGUAUGUGUAUGUGCAUCGUUAUUGGCUGCAAAAAGUCGAGGUAAGUUCCUUCAUCCACCACGUGAUGCCAUCGGGUGGUGAAAUUUUUUGUCAUACCCCCACCAUGCCACUAACACAGGAACUUAAGUCUCCUUACAGUCUUUGUGGCUGACAUAUAUACUUGGUUGUGCCUUAGAGUACCAAUGAAGUUGUUCGCCAAAAGUGAAAAAUCACAUUGUCAUCAAAACCAAAACAAUUGUAACUCUAAAAUCCCAGAUUUUUCUGUAUCGUCACAAAACCCCUUUUAUGUUAAUAUUUAUUUAAAAAAAUAAAUUUAUUUUGUAUUAAUAGUUAAAGAGAAUAUUUAUGUGCCUUGUACAGAAAUUGAGGCUAUGGCAUGUCAGUGAAAAUAUUCUGGAUGAGGCAAGAAUAGAACCUGAGUCUGAAACUUUAAAAAAUGUCUGAUUGUAUAAGUAUACUUUUGUGAUUUUAUAAGUAUACUUGAGGUACAUAAAUUAUUUUUUAGUAUCAAUUAUUGGAAAUUUACAAGUACUCUUUAGAUCAUUACAAAGACAGCUAUCUUGUUGAUUCAUAUUGUCAUGGCUUAUUUUGUAUUUUUUUUACUUUUUCAGUUAGUAGGUCUAUUUACUGUGAAACCAAUGCCAUCUCAGAUUUUAUAUCAUUGUGAAGUUUCAGUAACUUAAAAUGGUCCAAAUCUCAUAUUUGUUGAGCUUUCAGAAUUUUUUAUAAUUGCCAAAGUUAGAAUUAACACAAGAUGUGCUAUUGAAAAUCCUCUUUAUUUUAUUUGUUUAAGAUUGAAUAACAAUUAAAAGAUGUAAGUUUAUUAGACGAGUUACAAGAUAUUGUUUCUUAAGGAACAAUAUAUUUAAUUUCUAUCCUGCAAAUUGUAAAUAUCAUCUAUUUAAUGAUAGACCCAAUGGUCUGUUCUUUUGUUAGAGUAUUCCCGUAGUCACACUUUAAGGCAUUCCCAUCUUUUUUGUAAUUAGUCUUUUUUCUUGUUCCUCUUAGGUGAUUUCUGGAAAUGUUUUAAUAGGUGGGUUUGUUCCAUUCUCUUUGGCCUCUCCAUUUUUUUUUUGAAGUACAUUGAAGUAGGUAUACAUUAGCUGUUUUCUUUUAUAAUACUUGAUUUGAAUUUCUGCUUAACAGCUAACAAUGACAUUGAUUGAACCUAUUUUUCCCUUCCAAUGAGAUGCUCAAUGAUUUUCCUAUGUGUUAACACAGUGUCUGAAUUUCUUAAUCGCUACGUUAUUCUCAAGUAGUGGUAAGACACAGUAAGUAAUUAUUUCUUUAUGUAUUGAGAAUAAUUAGUGUACAAAUUAAUAUAAUGUAUUUUUAAGUUUUACAGAUAUAUAAAUUAUUUUUGUAUUGUUUAUGUUGCUCAGAAUUCUUAUUUAAUGAGUGUUUUGAUGAUGCAAAUUAAGAAUUGAAUGUUUGUGUCAAGUAGUCAUUGAGAGAAGUGAAAAAAUGAAAGGGGGAGAAAAAAGAGAAAGAGAAGACUUAAUGCAGAACAUUUAUAUUAUUAGAAAUCCAUGGAUGAUAAUUUUGGUAAAAAUAUUUAUCAGUCUUAGUAACAAUAGUAAAAAAAGGAGGAAAAUAUUAUACUUUUUGCACAAUUGCUCACCUGCAUUGAAAUGAUUUGUGGGCAAACACGCUUUUUUGUCAUUUUUUUGUGUGCAAAUGUUUCUUGUGAAAAAUUUUAAGCCAAACCUUAUACAUGUAUUUCAAUUAAUGUUUUUUCUUCUUAAUAGUUGCUCUGGCAGUUGCCCUUGUGAUUUAACAACUGCCUACUGUUCUUUCACUGUUCAGAUGAUUGUAUGUUGCUGUAAAUAAUUCAGUUAAUGGCCAUUGCCAAGUGGACUAGUGACUCCAAUUUUGAAUUGUUUUAAAAACCUGAAUCUUUUUUUUUUUUUUUU